AUGACUAAGAAAGUCGAGGUAGUGCUGGGUUCUGGUGCCAAUUCGGCCAUUCACCUCAAUGUUGGUGUAGAUGUCCAACUUUCUCUUCUUCUUGGUUGCGACUGCAGUGGGUUUCUUCAACGAGAGGCUGACAAUCCCUCUCUCGCACAUUGCACCAAGGAUGGUGAUGGACACACCUCUCUGUGUCGGGACAGUUGUCAUAGCCAGGGUGCCACUGACAGAACGGCCAAAAGUUCUCUUGAUGUGCAUGUUGAAGCCUGCUUCAUCGAUGAACACACACCCAGAGAACUCUUCCAUGACAGCUAUCCUUGCUUGUUCCAAGGUAGCAUCUGGUUUACUUUCGAAAAACUUCAAAAAAAAAGCAGAGUGCGCCUGGAACAACUUUUGGUUGCCACGUUUUCGUUCUUUAGGCGCAGAAACCUCCUCAACCUCCAUCGUCUCCAGCCUAUUGGACUCAUCAGUCUCCACUGUGGCAGCAUCAAAAUCGGCCUGGAUCUUCUCUCUGGCCAGCCUGACAUAGUUCUGGGCAGUCCGGACAUUGAUCCCCGUUUCUCUGGCAGCGGCAGCAGCAGUCUGGUUUUCCAAGAAAACCAAGGAGAAGAGCUUGUUCACCUGGUUUUGGUUGUACUUUCGGUACAAACCUCGACCUAUGCUUUCUGCAGUGGGAACAGAAUCAGGAUCGACCUUCUCCGGCAGAUUCGUCUUUGGCUUCUGUGCAACAAUUGUCUUGGUUGUGGCCUCGUUGCACUGCAAAAACAGAUCAAUUUCGCAUAUGUAAAGUAUACCUAA